CAUCUGUCGAUCACGAGAUUAGCGAACAAAGUGCCAGAGAGUGCCAGUUGUACCGGUCAGUGCGUUUGCUCUCACUUUACUCCAUAUGCGAAUGCCGAGCCUAGUCUUGGCACCCGUCAUACUCUAAAGCUCCCCCCCCUGUUGAAGAGGAAGAGAAGGGGGAGGAAGAGAGGUAGACACGCCGAUGCGACCAUAUCUUGGUACGAUUACUUUAUUACCUAUUUAGGGCUAUUUUACUCUCUGUAUGCUUCAAUAAUAAACAGCAUCUCAUACAUCUACCUACGAUAAUCGCAUUUAUACAAAUUGCAGACCCAUAACCCUACCAAUCUACCCAAGAGGGUCCCGACAACUGGGUCUGACAAUUGGGUCUGGUUCCUGUCUGCCAAGUCCACCCACCUCUCAUAGCUUCGACGCUAGCCUGUGGCGACUCCCCAAUUCCUUGUUUACCAAACAGGGAAAUCUCAAAUUCCGCAUAGGGGCAUCCAGACACUAGUCAGCGAGAGAACCAGAAGCUAGAAAAAUUGGCGCCCAGUGGUCCAAUUUCUCAUAUCUCCCCGCCGCGAACCCUGCCCUCGUCGCGCGUUUCUCAAUCCCCCUCCCUCCCCCCAAGCAACCACCACCACCAGUUACCCCAAGGGUCAGGGUAUUCGCGCGCCGGCAUCAAUAUCGAUAUAGAAUCGGUAUCGCAUAUAUACUCAGUUCCAAACUGAGGAUUGACCAUCUCGGCCGAUCGCAAUGGCACAGCAGCAAGCUCACGGCGGUGCCGCCGACGAGUUCUUCCGCGGCGCGCCCGAUGGAGGACAACAACAGAACUACCAGCAGCAGCAGAAUUACCAGCAGCAGAAUUACCAGCAGCAACCUUACCAGCAGCAGCAGCAGCAACAGCAGCCAUACCAACAGCAGAACUACCAGCAGACGGACUACAACCAGAACGCCGGCAAUGACCAGGUGCCGCCCUACAACGCGCCGGCCAACCCCGACGAGAAGCAGGAGUUCCACGAGGCGUUCAAGGUCCCGAAGCCAAAGUGGAACGAUCUCUGGGCCGCCAUCCUCUUCCUCGCGACUUGCGCUGGCUUCGUCGUCGUCUCGGGAUUGUCUCUCAAUGGAUACCAGACAACCAGCCAUGGGAGCUCUACGAACAACACCUUUGGACUUAACAGACUCACCAUCGUCCUAUUCGCCUACGUCCUCGCUGUCGCCUUCGUAAUCUCCUUCGCCUACUUCUGGUGCAUCCGCGCCUUCACCAAGCAAAUCAUCUGGAUCACCGGAAUCCUCCAAAUCGUCUUCGGCAUCGGAACCGCUGGCUUCUACCUCUGGGCCAAAGAAUACGCCGCCGGCAUCGUCUUCCUAGUCUUCACCGUCUUCUACAUCAUCUGCUUCAUCUCCUGGAUCCCACGCAUCCCCUUCUCAGUCCUGAUGCUCCAGACCGUCAUCGACGUCGCCAACAACUACGGCCACGUCUUCAUCGUCUCCCUCCUCGGCGGCCUCAUCGCCACCGCCUUCGGCGCCUGGUUCUCCGUCACCCUCGUCGCCGUGUACGCGCGCUACAACCCCGGCAACGCCGCCUGCAGCGCCGACGGCGGGUGCUCGACCGCCAAGGUCAUCGGGCUCAUCGUCUUCAUCACGUUCGCUGGGUACUGGAUCACCGAGGUCCUAAAGAAUAUCAUCCACGUCACCAUCUCCGGCGUCUACGGAUCCUGGUACUUCUGCUCCCAAAAACCCUCUGGAUUCCCCAAGGGCGCGACCCGCGGCGCUUUCAAGCGCUCGGUCACGUACAGUUUUGGCUCUAUCAGCUUCGGAAGCUUGAUCGUGGCUAUCAUCCAGCUCCUCCGCCAGGCGUGCAAUGUGGCUAAGCAGAAUUCCGCGGCGCAGGGUAACAUGGUGGGACAGAUCAUGUUCUGUAUCCUUGGGUGUCUGAUCAGUCUCUUGAACUGGCUCGUGCAGUUCUUCAACGAGUACGCGUUCAGUUACAUCGCGCUUUACGGGAAGGCGUAUAUCCCCGCCGCUAAAUCGACAUGGCACAUGAUGAAGGAUCGCGGGAUCGACGCCCUGGUUAAUGAGUGCCUCAUCAACCCCGUCCUAACUAUGGGAUCGGUAUUCGUGGGCUACGUGUGCGUGCUGAUGUCGUACUUGUAUCUCCGCUACGGCAACGUCAUCGUCGACACAAACUACUACGCCGUCAUUAUGGCGUACUCGUUCUUGGUGGGACUGCAGAUCUGUAACAUCUUCUUGGUGCCGAUUAAGAGUGGUGUUGCUACCCUGUUUGUGGCGAUGGCGUUUGAUCCGGCGGUGCUGCAGAAUGAGUACCCGGAUUUGUAUGAUAGGAUGGUGGGGGUUUAUCCGCAUGUGCAGCAGUUGGUGCAUGCUUAGACGUGGAAGCGUCUUCUUGCACUGAGUCGGAUUACGGGUUUUUCGAGACCUGUGGGGAAGAGGUUAUGGGGGA